UACAAAGUAUAUACAGAGUAUAUAUACAUAAAUAAAAAAGAUAUACAAAUAAAUAUCAAUAUUCAUAGAAGGAGACAAACGUAUUCACCAUGACGGCUAAUAUUGAUUUUAGGCUAUUGCAGUUUGAUUCUUACAACAGUUAUAUGACUUCCUUUAUUAGAAAUGAAGACUAUCGCUACUUAUCGAGCAUGUCACCCAUCAGGAAGCUGGUGCGGCUCGGCUAUCGCAGCACUGCCAAGAUCUACGAUGAAGCUGAGUUCAAUAAGCUGCGUGCCAAGAUUCUGGAAUUCAUGAAUCCAAAGGUCCUCUCGAGCGUACUCUAUGGCAACCAUUUCAAAGGCACAGAUGCUGCUCUGAGUGCAUUAAUGCAUCGUGAGGAACCCAAUCUGUUGCAUAAAAUAUCGACCAUUAUCUUUAUGCAGGUACGUCAGCGUAGUGGCUUCGAUGUAUCAGGUUACAUAGACUAUGAGCAGAGUCUGCGCCAUUGCACCUUUAGAAAGCCUGAUUUUACCAAUUGGCGAGCCGUUUUCGAGGGUCGGGAGUUGUUGAAGCCGAAACCAACCGAUCUGAGCUACUACGACUGGCACAAAGGCAUCGUUUGUAUGACAGAUACAGAUAAUUUUGAGUCGGUCGCCGGUAGAAACACAUUAAUAUUCAAACAUAAGGAUGAUCACAAAUUGAUUCCGGUCUGUGCGAAGCCCAGUCAUUAUGCUGAAAAUGUUUCUCGCUCCAUGAUACAUUCAGACUUAUAUGGUUAUAUAAUACUAUACGAUCAUAUUAUUCGUUAAAAAUGUAUAUUUGUAUAAUUAAAACAAAAAU